UAUGAGCUGAGACGUUUGACUGUGUAUGGUAGGCGCCGAGUUGUCUUCACCGGGCAAGAUGAAUGGAAAGACGGUCGUUCACCUGCGGCCGUUCAAUCACCAGGUUGGCGGCCACUACACAAUGAUGCAGCUGGACGAGCGCACGGUCUGUAAACCGCUCAACAGCACGGAACUGCAAUUCUACGAACAUGUUCCAAGAGAGUUGCGCGACUUCGUGCCUCAAUACAAAGGUGUAGUGAAGGCUCUAUUGACGGAGGAAGACCGACAGGCUGUGUGCCAUCGAGUCUAUGGAAGGUCGAGGAGCAUUUGUGAACGGCAGGCUGUCGAGGACUGCAACAGACUGGUGCUUGUAGGCGGUAACAGCGAGUCUCAACAGCAGAGGGUCGUCGCAGGCGGUGGUGACGUCGGGAAUGUAAGAUACAACGGCACGACGUGCAAUCGCGGAGGCGACCAGAGAACAGAACAUGACGUCAUUGAAGGGACACUCUUUGCUACUGCAGGAAACUCAUUGUCAUUGCGCGAUCAAAAUCAAUUAAAUGAACAGAGAUUUCUGAUGUUAGAGAAUAUAUUGACACGGUUUCGACGGCCAUGUGUAUUGGAUUUGAAGGUGGGUAGACGGACGCACGGCGACGAUGCAUCGCAGGUCAAGAUCGAUAGUCAAGAAGGAAAAUGUCGAACGACGACCUCGAGCUCAUUGGGUAUUAGGAUAUGUGGGAUGCAGGUGUAUGAUGCGUCGAGCGGUACAGUACAGAGAUGGGAUAAACUAUACGGUCGCAAAAUAACGGCAGAGACGAUGAAAGGCGAGGGACUUCUCAUGUUUCUAAAGCCAGCAAUCGAUCUAAGACUCGGCAUCAUUUCGAGUUUCAUCAUUCGUCUCAAAGAGCUAAUCACUGCAGUUGAGAAACAGCUAACGUAUCGAUUCUACUCGAGUUCCUUACUUCUAGCCUACGACGCUCAUCGGGUGAAAACAGAGGAAUACAAGUCGAGUGAUUGGAACGAACUGAUUGAUGUUCGCGUGAUAGACUUUGCACAUACGACGUGGACGGGAGCACACAAUUCGUUAGUCACAUAUACAGGUCCCGAUGAAGGAUACCUAUUCGGUCUUCGGAAUAUCACUAGACUACUACAGGACAUAGAUAGAGAUUUGAUUGGACCCGUAGCAGAGAAAUAGCCGAGGGUUUAUGCAUGCCGCGCAUGAAUCAACUGAGUAGACGUACGUCACGCUGUGCAUUCGAUGCACUUUAUAGUUUUGUACGUAACUUAGUCUACAUAGUAAUAUAAUUACUGCAGAGUAAGUAGCGCAUAGGGCGGUGCCUUGUGCCGGUAAUCGGAGGCGAGUACUAGUUGUACAUAUUUUGUGAUGAGAAAUCAUAACAAAGACAAGACUUUGUAAGCCUGAUUGUCUCUCUCUCUUU